AUUGGUUCAAAGAAACUGUAAAUAUAUUAAAAUGGAAAGUAACUCACAAGUUUUGGAAAAAUCCCUUAAAAGCUCAUCAUCCAGCUCCAGUCAUAGCUCAACACAGGAUGAAGAUUACAAGCUGAAGGAGAUCAGUAAGGAAACUCUUGCUGAGCUUAGCAACUUGAAAAGGAAAUUCAGAAGUGAUAUUAAUAGGCUGAGAAAUAAAGUGCACUGUUUAGAGUAAAUCA